UUUCAAAUAGCCAGGGUAUACUAAUCGACCAACCACAUGCGGCGCACACUGUGAUCGCGGCAUUCUGCUCUCGGCGAUCGAUUACUAACAACUGGCCCGUUCUCUCCUGGCUCCUUCUCGCGAGACCUACAAAGAUCCCAUAUCGCCCCGCGAGCACUUCCCCCUCCCUCUUUCCGCCAUACUGCAGACCCGGUAAGUAAUGUCUGUGCCCGGGCCUGUCUGUAAUCCGCCUCCUAUCCCGGCCAUCCGAGCUCUGAGCGCUGUGUGAGCGGGUGCUUCUCACAGGGCAGAGUGGGCUCUCUCCGGUAAGCUGACUAUGGGGGAGGCUGGGUCGGUAACUGGCGGGGAGAUCGGACGGGAAGCCUGGGGCCGGUCCCUCCUGUCUCCUGCCUGACUCUGGGGGUGUAAUUCCGUGCUGUGUGAGCCAGGAGCCCGGGCAGCCCAUGGCGUGAGGACAGGUUCUCCAUAGUCAGUAACCGGGGCAGGUUACUAGGGCUGGCCUGGCUCAGAACAUUAGUACUGCUGGUGGGAGCCUGGGAUCCUAAUGGCUGCCAGUCUGUAAUAAGAGGGGUCAUGGUGCUGGCCUUCCAGGCUAUAGGGUACCGGGCAAUUCAUACUGUUCAAUAACUCUCUCAAUAACUAUACGCAUAACUGUACAAGUUUGAAAGUGACGUGACAUUGAGGACAAUUAUUUGGUGCAAAAUAAAAAUUAAAAAAAUCCAAUUUAUUUACCUCCUUUUGUAACUUUAUGUUCGGUGCUUGGUGGUGAAAAUUCUUGUUUUGUGCAGUAAAACAGAAUGGGCCUAAUCUGUGAUAUUAAAUUCUUAGUAUAAUUCUAAUAGUGCAUGGGUGAUAGAGUGGUCCUAUUUUGUUUGAAUACAAAAUAUACAUGGCAGUUCUAUGCCAUGAAUUGGAAUAUUGCUGUUCAGUGGUGGCCUGUCAUGUUGUGUUCUACCUUUUUUAUGUUGAUGGAAUUCUAAAUGUGUUUCUCUCAUAGUGUAAGCAUCAGUUUUAAAUCCCUCAGGAUUUGGAUAGAUUUAUUUCCUUUGUCAGAAGUUUGCAGUGUUUUUUAAUUUGGAGUUAUGAGCUUUUACAUAGAAGCGUCCAUUUUAGCUAUAGUUGGAUGAACUGUGUAUAAAGAUUUCUAAUGGAAUAUAAAUGAAAUAUUUGGUUAGACACACAUUGUAUGUGUAAUAGUACACUGCUCUCCAGGAAGUAAGCUGUAAUGCCUUAUAAAUGCUUACUAAUAAAGACUAUGCCUAGAUGCAAGAUCGUCAAUUUAUAGUAGGUUAACGGCACUAAAGGAUUGUAGACCUGCUGGUAUUCAGUUUGUGCUGAAGUAUCUGAAAUCUGUUCAGCUAUGGUGUAGAUCUGUUAGAUUUGAUGUUGUAGAGCACUGAUCACUGUGACACUCUACUUUGGUUAAGGGUUAUCUUCUGUAACUUAUUUCCACUCUAUUGUAUGGGUUUAAAAUGUGUUGAGGAUAUAACUUUACAGCUUCUUCUUGGGAAAAUAUAAAAAUAAUUAUAUUUGGCUGGGAAUGUUAAAAAAAAAAUAAGUUUUUUUCCUUAUACAAGGCUACAUUUUAAUUUUAUUUUUCCUUCCCCCUCUAUUGUAGGCACCAUGGUGCGCAUGAACGUUCUUGCAGAUGCCCUUAAAAGCAUUAACAAUGCAGAGAAACGUGGCAAGCGCCAGGUCCUCAUCAGACCGUGCUCAAAAGUGAUUGUGCGAUUCUUAACAGUGAUGAUGAAGCAUGGUAAGUAGGGAAAAAAAACUCAAAUUUCUUUCUAACUUUGUCCCCAGCUACCUUAGUGCACUUUAUUCCUCUAUAUUGUUGGCUUGACAGGUUGUCACUUUGUACAAACCUUCGGUUUACUACUGUAGACGUGGUUCUCUAUUCUGUCUAAUCCCUGUGGCUACCAAAUGUAAAUGGUAUGUUCUAGUUGUUACCAGCAAUAACAUACCAUGCACAUUUUAAGGGACAGUAUAGUCACUCAGAAAUUGCAAUGUUUACUUCCUGACUGUUCUAGAGUUGCUUCUUCUUUUUGACAGUAAAAUUUGCUCUCUGAAUAAAAUGCUGCUGUUGGCAACAUUGGAUUAGAGGAGUGUGGCAUUUGGCUAUGCAUCUUCAAUUGUUUUGGAUUUGAUUUUUACUUUCCUCCUUUGCUCUACUCCGUUCUAGUAAGCCGUUCCCCAGCAUUUAUUGGGCAUCAGGAAACUAGAAAUUGACACUCAGAUGUGACUCUUCCCACUUUAAGCAAGCAGCCUAUGGAUUUAAUAUAAGACUUAUUUUUUUUUUGCCCAAUCUGUAACAAUAUGAAAUGUCUUAUGGUCUGGGUAAUGGCUAGCUCUGCAACAGUAGGACUCUUAAAUCUUAAACUUGGUGUCCUGUAUGUAUUAAAGACGGUUAACACAUUUGCAAGUCAAAUUUAAUCUGUAUCUUUGUCUUUUAGGUUACAUUGGAGAGUUUGAAAUUAUUGAUGACCAUAGAGCCGGAAAAAUAGUUGUAAAUCUUACAGGCAGACUUAACAAGGUGAGUGUUCUGAUGUGGGAUGGUACAAGAUAGAUUCAGUCUCCCAAGGGUGCCCAUAAUGUUUUAGAGAUGCAGAGUGAAAUUGAUUGCAAUAGUUUUAAUAUAUAACCCAUUAAGUUUUUAAUUAAAAGGGCACUGUGACUGCUCAGUCUCAUUGACGUGCCUAUAUCUGACAUGUAGCCAUGGCUCCAUAUUAUCUACUUGUGCAUUUUCAAUAUAACCCUUUAUGAAAACCAUUUUCUGUCAGAGUUCAGUUUUCUGAUAUACUGUAAUGCUUAAUGAACUGGUUUAAAAUUUUGCAAUAUUUGCAAACAAAUUGUCAGCAAAUCUCAAAGUGAAAUAUUUACCCUUUCCCAGUCAAGCCAUCAAGUAGCACAGGUUUGAAAGUGUGGGAACAUGCUUGGUUCCUAAAAAUGACACUUUUAUCCUUUGUUUGAAAUAUUCUAUAUAAAGGUUUUACAUUUUGAAUUUUAUGUAACAAAAUGUAAUUCUCUUUAAUUUUUUUUUUUAAUAUGGUUAAAUGUCUAUAUAAACAUCUGAGCAAUAAACUUACCAGUAUACUGGCACUUUAGAUAUCGUAAAAGGUGCUGUGUACUUUUGAGGGUUUAUGUGGUUCCUGCCCCUGUAGAACAUACAACAACCAGCGUCUCAUUGUGUUGUGGUACUGCUGACACAAAUGGUUUUAUGUGCAACUAUUCAUAUGUUUACUUGUGAUAAAACAUGAAAUUUCCUUGCAGUGUGGUGUCAUCAGCCCCAGAUUUGAUGUCCAGUUGAAGGAUUUGGAGAAAUGGCAAAACAAUCUCCUCCCAUCACGUCAGUUUGGGUAAGUUCUUGAUAAAGUCACUCCUCCCAUCAAAUGCUCUGUUUUCUGGGACACAUCACUUAUACACGUUAAUGGACACCAUACAGAAAGUGCUGUCCUGCAGUAUGUAUAAAUGAAUCAAUCGGGAGUCCUGCAGCAUAUACUUUAUCCAUAAUACAGGUCAGCAUUUUCAUGUGCUGCUGAUCGGCAUGAUGAAACUGUGUCCAAAAAAACAUGGAUAUGAGCAAUGUUUGGUUUUUAAUUUGGAGUCAAUAGCACCUAGUUGUGUGGUUUUUUUUCCUUCAUUGAAGGCUUAAAACAGGGCUGCUGCGCCCAGGCCACUUGAUUGAGAUAAAGUGGACAGGGUAGGGUGUCUUUAUUGGUCCUUUAAACUCAAAUAUGCAUGUCCUUUGUUGACUGAUAUCAAAUGCCUGCUGCUGCAGAAACCAGGAUGUAGCUGAGAUUGUGGUCAUCCUUUUGCAAGUACUCAAUGUGUCUGGCAAACCCUUAUGGAAUAUAUGAAGUAAUGAAGGGAAGUUGAACUGUAUGAAAUUACACUUGUGUUUUCUUUUGAGUGCAAAAACAUUUCUUUAAAUAACUGGAGUCCAACAAGGAAUCACAAUCAUGCAUGCUUGUGCUUCUCAAAAUCUGACAGAGAAGCUGCAUUGUCUCCAAUAAAACACAACAAAUUCUGUGUGGCUAGGCUUUUUUUUUUUUAUAAAUAAACGUUGAGGACAGCAGUUGCUGAAGAUUAGAAUUAUUUUUUUUUUGUAUUGCGCUUUCCACUUUUGUUAUUACUCACUGUACAGCUGACUAAUAUAUUGCUGUUUUUGAGAUGUGCAUCUCCCAUAGUCCUCUAGGUUUUAUUAAAAGUUGCCUAAAUUCUUGAGUAUCUCUAGUCUUUAUGAGGCUAGAGCUUCCAUUAGCUAUCAUUGAGUAAGUAGUUGAGCUUUCAUCUUACCCAGGGAUCGCCAGGGCACUCCUGGCACCAUAAGUGCUGCAGUGUAGUGGUUGUGGUGCUUUGAGGUUUUGUUUUUUAAUAUGCAUUAAUUUGUUUGGCUUGCCAGUUGUAGUGUAUUCACCAGAUGUAAUGAUGUACAUCUUCAUUUUGGCACAACAAGCUUAAUUUGUUUCUAGAGUGGUUGGCUUUCUCUUGCUAUAUUUGGGCUUAUCCUAACAUACUAUGUGUAAUUUUAACUUUACAAUAAAAAAUACCAAUCUUUUGGAUUAUUGAAUAUUUCAUUUACACACUUAACAUACUUUGUAUGUCUGGCAGUGUUUUGUUUUUAAGAGGUAGAAAUUGAAUUAAAAAAAAAUUAGCACAGACACUAUUCUCUCUCAACUUUCGGUUGGUGUAAUUGUCCUGUUAUUGAAUGAAAGUCUCUACAAGCUUGGUGUAUUGUAGAAAACAUAGGAACAAUCGGCUUCAUGGUUUUUAAUCGGUUAUGAAGGCUAGAAGACACAUUCCAAUUAACCAGCUAUAGGAAAUACAUGAAAGCAUUUUAAAUCUUUUUGCACUUUCUUUAUUAAAAUUUUCUGAGUAUAAAUCAAAUUAAUAAAGCAUUUGUACCUACUGCACAAUGUUACCUUUUUUGUAGAAGACAAAUGUCUUAAGUGUUUAACAUAAAUAACACAAAUAAAAGGGGGGGUAAAUCUAAAUAGUGUAUAGAUUGUAUAGUAGGCAGGAAGAACUGGGAGGAUUGUCUAUAGAAAGUCUCUAUAUGGCCCUAACUCAUCCUGAGCCUAUCCUUCACCUUACCCUAAGAGCUCUCCCUACCCUAACCCUGCCUUUAUCUCAAUGACAGAUUCCAUACUCCUCUCCCCAUUUAAAGCCCUCCACCCUUAUUUUAAAACUAAUCUGCCUAGGUAGAGUUCUAUGAAAUUCAAAUGGUAACUUAGUGUAAUGUAAAUUCUAGUAUUUUCAUAAUUUAGUCUGUUCAGUAAUCCUUAACUAGCAUUUGUUUUGUUAAACAGUCUUUUUAAGUAUUCAAUAUUACUCUUCUAUCUUGUGUUAACUGUACAUAUUAUGGACUGUCUUUCAGAUACAUUGUGCUAACCACUUCAGCUGGCAUUAUGGACCAUGAGGAAGCAAGGCGAAAACACACAGGAGGCAAAAUCCUGGGAUUCUUUUUCUAACUCUGUGCAACAGACAGGCCAAUAAACUGUUAUCAGAAAAACUGACUUGUCACUUUUUUUUAUGGAUUCAAACUUGAUUGUAAUAAGCAAUCUGCCACAAAUUGGGCAGCAAACUAAUUUUAAUAUCCAUGUCUCUUG